UCUACAGUUCCACUCCAAGAUGUAAGUGUAACUACAACGUCGGACCCGAACGAUGACCUUGAAUCGUUAUAUUGAUCGGUGGAAGAAUAGUCGUAGGUCAAAUCCGAACCGACUCACGUCAUCAGUCUCAGUGAGCACCGUGGAUCAGAUCGUGGAGAACGUCUGUCGGUUUCGUCUUCGUGAACACCCCUGAACUCUGAACACCCAUCACGCCCCACCCUUGAAGUGCUUGCCAUCACAUCUAUAUCCCCCGUUCUGAUCUUCAAGAAUUAUAAUUAAAUUUUCUUCCCGUGUGAUACUUUUUAUUUUUUUAUUUACCUCUUACUCCUGCACCGUGCGCGUGUCCUCUGGAGGUUUCUCUACUUUUCAUAAAAAGUAGAAACUUGAGUUUCUAGAAACAGGUAUACGAUUUUUCAUUGAUCAAUACCCCACACUCAGAAAAAAGUUUUUCAUCAUCAAGAAAUAGUCGAGGCCAAAAUGUAUUCCGGACGGAGCCGCGGCUCUGAGUCCGCUCGUUCGUCGGCGCGUUCGGCCACUUCAUCACGCAUGAUAAGUGCAAGAGGCUAUGGAGGAGCAGAGGCAUCUGCGCCUAGUAUUAAGUCUGAAGACUGAAGCAUGACCAUAAGCAACAUGGGAAAUUGAUUUUGUUUUUGAUUAUAAUAUUUUAACGAUCUUUCUGCGGGCCCGGGCGCGUGCAUUCGUCGGGGGGUACAACAGGUUUUCCGUGUGGACGGCGAAGUCCCUCCUAUCCUAUCCUAUCCUAUCCUAGUCGCACUCACUUUUACUUUCACACUCACGCUGGAUAAAGAAGAAUAGAGAUAGACUCACGUUCAUCGUUGAACAAGAAGUAGAAUGGAGAUAGUACUCACUGCGACUCGUCUGACUCACUCUAAUAAAAGACCAGCUCCUUCACGAAGGCCGCCAGCAGUUUACUUUCCCGAAGUUGGAAACUACACACUCACAGGGAUACCAGGUAGAGCUAGGGCCACUAGAUAAACGGUUUAAGUACACGAUUAACACACACACACACAAAAUAACACACACAUGGAGGAGGUUACACUACUUACUUUUACACUAGGACUAUGAUAAUUAUCAUUACCGUAACUACUGUAAUCCAGCUCAUCUUAAUGAUCAUUGACAAUGACUACAUUAAUGUGUGUAGUAUGGUCAAAACACGCCCCCACAGGCUACGGCGGCUAUAUCCCUGGUAAAAUCUCGGAGAAUGUAAUCGGGUCUACGUUUAAUCGAUCCAACCAGUUAGCGGCAAUACAGUGCGAGGAGCGAGUCUUAGACGAUGGUCAGUAUACGCAACAGCCUCACAACUAUGCGAGACAUAAUCCAUUUGGGAUUACACUACCGCAUAAACGGUACUGAAUAAUUAUAUAAGUACUUACUGUAGUACAUAAUGAAGAUACAGAAGAUUCACUCAGCAUAAUGAAUGAUGAGUUAGAAAUACUACGUGACGACUAAAGAACAUUUUGGUAAUCAUUUCAACUUAAUCUACUUCUACAUAAUCUUCUUUCGACAUCAUCUUCUCACAACCUCCAGGGGCACCGACAUUCCUGGUUAUACUGGGUUCAUACCUGGAAAGUACGCUGACGGUGUCUUUGGGCAUGUGUAUGCCAGAUCCAACAACGUGUCGCAAUUGUUGAAGCAGCGACAGUAUGUCGACAGGUCACAGUGGAUUGGACGCCUCUUCAAUGAAUAGGAAGAUAUAGCCGGACGAUACGGACAUGAAAAGGUCUCAGGACAGAGAUGUCUCUAAAAAAAUUAAAUCAAUGAAUCAAAACCAACAUUAUCAACUACAUUUCUGAUGUUAGUUUACUCAAAUAAUCGACGAAACAAAAUGUAAAUGAAUCGACAGUAGUUAGAGUAACUCAAAUUAGCGAUAGCGACACCUUGCUCUUGCUCAUGAAAGCAAUAGACUAAGACAUCGUAGCCUAAGAUCAAACGCAGGAUGAACUUCUUAUUAUGAUAGAAACAAGCAGAAGCAGGCGGGUCAGAAUCAGGAUGGAAUGUAGCUUCAUCACUGAUUUAGAUAAGAAGCAAAAACGGAAUUUAGUAGCAGAGUUGUAUAGCAAGCGAAACGCGUGUAAUAGAUUCAUUGAACAGACGCCUGUAUUGAACUAAUCACGACUAGUAAAAAAUAUGUGCACCAUGACCAUCGCAAAUGUAUAGCUUAGCAAUUAUUUGUUUCGAUAUGAAACACAGAGGCACUAUCAAACGCUGUAGAUCAUUAAGGAGCGCGAGGUGAU